UACAAAAACAAGCCCCGUCCGCGCUCACAACUGAAGUCACGUCCAGAUGUCUUCUUGCUGAAGCAAACCGCUGUACUCUUACUAGUUUUCAGUCAUGUUCCUUGUGUUUAUGCCAGUUUUUUGUGUCCUUUUCGAUUCUUCUAGUGGUGUCAAACAUAAAUCUGUGUGCUAUGGUAAGAGUGUAAGUUUACCAGUUCAAAUAUCACGGCAUUACACCGGACCGCUGUACUUCACACCAAGUAAUGGGGGACCAAGGAAACUAAUGAUGGAUGAGGGGAAGGCGUUUGACCCACGUAUUGAUAUUAACAACACAAUCUAUUUAUCAGAUUUGAAUGAGAGAGAUGGUGGAACUUUUGCAGCUAUAUUGGGUUCAAGACUUAAGGACGUUCUCACAUUGGAUAUCUUGGAUUGUGCUAAGGAGAUUAGGAAAUUUUACGGGAAUGCACUGGAAUAUGAUGUUCCAGAACAUGCUGAAUUCCUGGAGUUUACUCCCAUUCACAGUCUGGACCAGCCUGUUAUCCUGUGGAAUCGCACAGAUCCUCAAACUAGUGAUGGAGGACAAGUGAGGGAAAAUGUCUUGACAAUCUAUCACCUCACACAGGCAGACAACGGCUACUACAACUUCAGGAGAAAAGAUUUCACCCUAGAGUUAAGGCUACAUCUCACAGUAGAAGGACACUUUGACCACUAUCAUGGAGAGAAGAAGUUCCUCUUUAUCAGAUAUCCUCGGACUGGUGGCCCAUGGACUUUAACCUUUAAGCCUCAAGAUAAAGAACCUGAAAUAGUGAUGGAAGCAGGCAAUCUGGUAUCAGAAGACAACUGGUUCUUUGGGAGAAUUUAUCCCAAGGAAAAUGGCAUUGAAAUUGAUAUUUUGGACAGCAGUGACAGUGGCACCUUUGAUUUCAGAGAUCCACAAGGCAAUUUGGCCUUGUCCUAUUUGCUGGACAUUAUCCCUGAACCUAAUCACCAGCCUAAAUAUAUCGCUGUCUCUGUUGGGAUUGUAUGUCUGGUGAUUCUUGGCUGUUGCUGUUGCCUUAAGAGGUGCUGUAAAAUAAACAAGUUUGCUGCUCAGACUGCAACAGCACCUGCAGUUUAUUAUCAUGGUGUAAAUCUAUCUUCAGACCAAAGACAUUCAAAUACACAGCAUCUUUCAGCUUUUCCUCAUCAGGCAGUGAAUUCAGCGCCCUCUGAAAGACCUAUAAGUACCUCCUUUGAACCACUGGAAUACCAACCAGUAAACACGAACAUGUCUCAGCCUAAGGUCACACCUCCAGCACAUCUGGGAUCUGUACCAGCUCCUUCAUCCAGCUCUGACUUUCCCUCCUCAGAUGCUGAGCCGAGGUUUAAGCUGAAAGGACUCGGCUUUCCCUCUGCAACCCCUCUCACUUCAGACACACCUUUCAGUGAUGUCUACACAUCCGAUAAGCUAAACUUUCUAUAAUGAGUACUCUGGUUGUUUUGUAAGUACACAGGGUAGGGACCAUGCAGGUUGUAAGAAACAAGAUAUCAAGCACACUGUGUUGACAUAUGGUCAGAAUUAAAAGUAUUUAACAUUUUUUUUAUAUAAACAUGCUGCACUGUGCUAUAAAUAAUCUAUUUUUCAUUUACUUCUAGUUAUCCUGUGUUGUUGCAGUUUAGAGCGAAAUACUGGAGAUAUGUCAGAGACAAUUUAGUCUUUGUAUAUACUUGCAUUUAUUAGAAUGUAAGUUAUUUCUUUAAAUGUUUUUCACAUUCCCUUAAGUAUAAGACAAUUAAACACAUAAUAAACCGCCAUAAUUUAUAUAAGUGUUGAAAGUGGAUUCAACAUACAUUUGCCUUAUAUUUGUUCCAUUCAUUAGAUGUGUAAUGUACAUGUUUAUGUUUACAUUACUUUUUUAUUGUUGGUGAAGAUAACAGAGGUAAGAUAGAUGAUGUUACCAGCUUUAACUCCUGUAUAAAUGCUGUUUCAUACCAUCAUGUGCUCUGCUCACAACUUUUCUCAGUGACUUUCGUUGUUACAUUUUUAAGAUUAAUGGAUGCUUUUUGUAAAUCUGUUUUUAAACUUUGUAAAAGUGUCGAACAUCUGGAAAACUUACCUCAGUUCAUUUUUUUGUGUGUGAAUUUUCUUUUUUCUAAAUAUCUAUCUAUACCUCUAUAAUGGAGUCUUUAUCGUGAGCUCUUCAUGUUUUUGAAAUGUAAUUAAGGUCAUCUGGUCAUG